GAAAAACCUAACCUAAAACGUAAAUAUUUGGAGAAUUUCAUAUCAUUUUUUAGUUUGUUGUGUCUGAAAAAAUUUGUUAAAAUGGGGAAAAGACAACACCAGAAGGAUAAAAUGUACAUUACGUACACAGAAUGGACUACCCUUUAUGGUGGAAAAAAAGCUGGCCAUACAUCAAAAGAGGGAGAGAAUUUUAGAAGGCUUCCAUUUGACCACUGUUGUCUAUCCCUACAGCCCUAUGAGAUUCCUUAUUGCGAUUUAGAUGGAAAUAUUUUUGAUUUAGAAGCACUAAUUCCAUUCUUAAAGAAAUUUAAAAUCAAUCCUGUAAGUGGUAAACCUCUGGAUUUCAAAUCUUUAAUACAGCUGAAUUUUCACAGAAAAAGUGAGGGUGUCUUUGAAUGUCCUGUCUUAUUCAAACCAUUUACCAAAAGUUCACAUAUUGCUGCUAUUGCCACAACUGGAAAUGUGUUCUUAAUGGAGGCUAUUGAGCAGUUGAAUAUUAAGAAUCGCAAUUGGAAGGAUUUAAUUACUGAUCAACCAUUUGAAAGGAAAGAUAUCAUUGUACUUCAAGAUCCUAACAAUUUAUCAAAAUUUGAUAUUUCAAAAUUUCAUCACGUUAAACAAAAUUUAAGGGUUGAAACAGAAGAGGAAAUUGCAGAUAAGUCUGAUCCACAAGCCAGAUUAAAGAAAAUAAAUCCAGAAACAAAGUAUACCCUAGAUGAACUAAAUAAAGAUUACAAACCACCAACGAUAGAAGUGAACAAGAAAGCAAAUACAGAGAAAGCUGACAAAUUCAAUGCAGCUCACUAUUCUACAGGUGCGGUGGCUGCCAGCUUUACAUCUACAACCAUGGUUCCAAAACUCGAGGGUGAAGCAGCCAUAAUUCACGAAGAUGAAGUUAGAUAUGAACGAGUAAAGAAAAAAGGAUAUGUCAGACUUGUCACAAACUUGGGUAUGCUGAAUUUAGAAUUACACUGUGAUAUGGUUCCAAAAACGUGCGAAAAUUUUAUGAAACAUUGCGAAAAUGGAUAUUACAAUGGGACUAAAUUUCAUCGAUCCAUAAGAAAUUUUAUGAUUCAAGGAGGUGAUCCCACAAACACAGGCAACGGUGGGAAAUCAAUAUGGGGAAAUAAAUUCGAAGAUGAAAUCAGACCAAAUUUAUCGCAUACAGGACGAGGAGUGUUAUCUAUGGCAAAUUCUGGAAAAAAUACUAAUGGAUCUCAGUUUUUUAUAACUUACCGAUCUUGUAAGCAUUUAGAUAACAAACACACUAUCUUCGGCCGAGUGGUAGGAGGUAUGGAUACCCUUAAUGAAAUGGAGAAGAUUGAAGUUGAUAACAAGGAUAGACCCAUUGAAGAUAUAAUCAUUCUAAAAGCUCAGAUUUUUGGUAAUCCCUAUGAUGAAGCUGAUGAACAGUUGUCCAAAGAAAGACAAGAUGAAUUGGACAGAUUAAAAGAAGAAGAAGCUAAAUCGAGAGCAAAAAUAAAUGCACAAAAGGAAUUAAAAGUGUUCAGAACUGGCGUUGGAAAAUAUAUUAAUCCUAAAGGAAACAAAGGGACUGAAUUAGAAAAGACAGAACCUAGCACGAAGAAGAAAAAAACUUGUAAUACCUUUAACUUUAAUAAUUGGUAACAUUGUAUUAGUCUUAUAUUUAUAUAAGCAAGGUUUAUAAUAUUUUGUAUAUAAUAUUUAAAUAAAUAAAAAUGUACGUAUAUAA